GAGUGGCGGCAGUGCGAUAAGCGGCGUUGGAUGUGACAUCAGGUGAAGAAGAAUCUGUUUACUGUAGUGUUAUCGUGAGUUUCAUCUGUGCGGUUUAAGACAUGAUUUCAUUUUUAAACUUUCACUUCGAGACACAAACAUGAACAACAUGGAGGAGAGCGCAGAGCAGGGCACUCUGUCCGACGACGAGUCUCCAGUGGCGAGGAAGAAGAGUGCUGAAAGCAGUGAGCAGCCACAGACAGGAGAUGAGAGAAUCAAAGCGGUGGAGAAGAGAGGACCGUAUAUCAUGUCCAAAGCACCUGCAUUCCACGUGAAACUCCAGAAACACAGAGACUUGGCCAGAAGAGCUCUGCAGAACAGAGGCUUUAGCUCGGGCAGGCCUGGGCUUCAACAACACCGACACAAACCAAAGAAUGUGAAGUUUAAUAAGGGAUAUGCUGCUCUGAGUCAGACAGCUGAAGAUUCACUCAUCUCUCUGGAUUCAGACAGUGAUACAGAGCUGGAUUGUUCAUCUGGAUAUUCCUCAGCUGAGGUGCAUCCAGACCUGAGCAGACAGCUGUUGAAGGACGGAUAUCACCUGGAUGAAAUACCUGAUGAUGAAGACCUGGACCUGAUCCCCCCUAAAGCCUUGACCUCCUCUGUGUGCUGCUGUUCAAAUGCGUCAUCCUGUUGCGUGCAGUGAACGAACCUACAACACAUGCACUGAACACUCAGGAUAUUCGGUUUGGCCACCAUGUUAAACUUCAGUGCCGUCACUCCCAUUUGUGAAAUAGAGUAGAAACAUUCGAUUUGAGUUCUUAUGAUGUUUUUAAAACCACAGUGUUUUGGAUGUUUUGUGUGAGGAACAAACCAAUGUUGCAUAAUUCAUUAUUCUUUGAAAUGUUUCCCCUCCAAUGAAGCUCUCAAAUCUCAUUCUCACUUCCACAUAUCCAAAUGAAGUGAUCAGUCAUCUGACAAGUUAGAACCAAUGACAUCCACCAUUGAUGAUGUCAAACCCGGUGUAGUGCGUGCCAUAUGUGAAGAUUUUCAGUGAAUAACGACUUAAAUUCAGGUCUGUCCCUCAUACAGAGCUAUUGCAUUCGACUUCAGAAGACUUGGAAUAUAGCACACAAGUCAUAUGGACUACUUUUUGAUGCAUUUAUGGUACUUUUUGUCCAUUUUGGAGCUUUGGAACAAUGUUAUUGUUAUUGUAUGCCACUGUUUACCAUACAUUGUCCAAAAUGUUGCAUUUUGUGUUCCACAUAAGAAUGUCAUACAGGUUUGGAACAACACAAGGGUGAGUAAAUGAUGACAGUUUUUAUUUUGGAUGAAUCACUAUGUUUUUGCUGUCAGUAUUUUUGCUUGAGUUUCACAGUUCAAACAUUUUGCUUGAGACAGCAGCUGUUAGUGGUUUGGUUUUUAAAAAAAUCUGCCAUUAUUGUUGGUUCAGCAAGCUCAGAAUGUCAACUAGUGUGACUUGAAACAAAAUGCCCAUAAUUCCAUCCCAUAAUCAGCACAUUGUUUGAGGAAGUGGAGUGCUACUGAUAUUGAGAAACCUGACACUACAUACUGUUGAGACAAACAGAAUUUAUAGGUGGGUGUGUAUACUGUAUAUGCGUGUGUGUUUCUUUAUAGAGCUCAUGUAUGCUUUACUACUCUGCUUUGGAGUUUCCAGACUGGGUGUUGUCCAGUCUCUGUGUUGAAAAGUUUGUUUAUUAAUUUUUUUUAUCUUUUAUUUGUGAAUUGUUCCUUUUCAAGUUUAUGCUUUAAAAAUGUGUAAUUUGCAAUUUGACACAAAAAACAAACAAAAAAAAAAAAAACGUGUUGCGUAAGUAUUGUACUAUUUUCUGUAGUACAAUACUAUUUUCUGUUACUCCCAAAAGGAAAACGCCUGCUUCUUCUUUAGUGUUUAGCUGCCAUUGAAUUUUACGUUUCUUGUAUUUGUUUAUGACAUAAGUAAGUUAGAUCUCAGCUGUGAGAGAUUGUGUUAUUUUAUAUUCAGUUUCAAACUUGUAUUAUCAUAUAUUUGUAUUUGCCCCUGAAAUAACUGGAGAAUAGUUUUUUUCUUGAGUAUUAGAGGUGUGUGUGCGUGUGCGUUUGUGUGUGUGUGUGUGUCAGACUGGACCAUCUGCAACACUAUGCAACAAAACAUUUUCACUUUGUUGCCACAAUGAAUCAGUUACUGACUUCACAUGCAAUAAAUUAAAAUACAUUUA